UUGAUUUACUUUGCUUCUGUUAUUCCCUCGCAGGCCCUAUACCGCGUAAGCUUUAGAUUAAAAUAGAACUUCAACAAACAUCUUCAAUCUUCAUCUUCUUAUUGUUAUUCUUAUUCGACAACUUUUCGGGGCUUCUUCCAUUAAUUGAUUUGGGGCAAAAAAAAAAAAAGAAAAAAACUUAGCUUAAUCUUUCGAUCUUAUACUUAUAGUGACGAUAUUUUUUGUGAUCGGCCGGUAAUUUGCCAUCAUCAUCGUCAUGAGCUUCUUAUUCGGCAAGCGGAAAACUCCCGCAGAACUCCUGCGGGAGAAUAAACGGAUGCUGGAUAAAUCGAUCAGAGAUAUAGAAAGGGAGAGACAGGGAUUACAAGCACAGGAGAAGAAGCUGAUCGCGGAGAUAAAGAAAAGUGCUAAGCAAGGCCAAAUGGGAGCUGUCAAAGUAAUGGCAAAAGAUCUUAUCAGAACAAGACACCAAAUUGAAAAAUUCUAUAAGCUCAAGUCUCAGCUCCAAGGUGUAUCCCUCAGAAUUCAGACCUUAAAAUCAACCCAAGCAAUGGGAGAGGCAAUGAAAGGUGUUACGAAGGCAAUGGGGCAGAUGAAUAGGCAGAUGAACUUGCCAUCAUUACAGAGAAUAAUGCAGGAAUUUGAGAGACAGAAUGAAAAGAUGGAAAUGGUGAGUGAGGUGAUGGGCGAUGCUAUUGAUGAGGCUUUGGAAGGGGAUGAGGAAGAAGAAGAAACAGAAGAAUUGGUGAGCCAAGUCCUUGAUGAGAUUGGUAUCGACAUCAAUUCCGAGCUCGUGAAUGCACCUUCAUCAGCUGUGGCUGCCCCAGCUGCAAAGACUAAAGUUCCACAAGCUGAGGCAACUGGAAAUGAUGACAGUGGCAUAGAUAGUGACUUACAGGCCAGGUUAGACAACUUGAGAAGGAUGUGAUUACUUGUAAAAGUUCUGGAAGAUGAGAUGAUCUGUGGCCUUGUAACAUUUGUGAAGAUAUUGCAAACUAUUCUGGCAAAGAUUGAUAUAACGAUAAAGGAUUUUCUCCGCCAAUAUUUAUCUUCUCCAUGUAAUUAGUUCUGGAGUGAAACCGUGAACCUAUCUUUUAUCUGAGUUCCUUAUACAGACGAGAGAUAUAUUAUUGUUUUGCAUA